GGGUCGGGCAUUAAGCGCCAGCCGUGUAGGAAGAAGAAGAAAGCUCACAAAUUUGAAACCAAAAAAUUCGAACUUUGUUCCAAAGGAGGGAGACCUGAACACCAUGAAGGGCCACGCUCCCAAAGGCUCUGUCAAGAAGUUCAGAAUGCCAACUUCCCAGAACCUAGUUCCAAUCCGGGUCGAUUUUGAAGUGGAAGGCCAGAGGUUCAAAGACACCUUCACUUGGAACCCAUCUGACCAUGAUAGUGAGAUUGCCAAGUUUGCGAAAGCAACUGUUAGAGACUUGAAGCUGUCUUCCAACGAGAAAGCCAUUGUUAGUUCCAUUCAGAGCCAAGUUGAGAUUUUUCGAUCGUUCCAAGGGCAAGAUAUGUACACAGGCGAGAGGAUUGUUCCGAUUAAGCUUGAUCUUCGUGUAAACCAUACUGUCAUCAGGGACCAGUUUUUAUGGGACUUGAACAACUUUGAAAGCGAUCCUGAGGAGUUAGCUAAAACCUUGUGUACAGAUUUAGGUGUUCAUGACCCUGAAGUUGGUCCUGCAAUUGCUUUUGCAAUUAGAGAACAGCUGUAUGAGAUUGCAGUCCAAAAUGUAGCUUCAGCAAGAGAAAGCAGACUAGCCAAGAAAGGACGCCGAGGGGGUGAUCAUACUCCAGUCAGUAAAGCAAGUACUACCGGAUUGGACCUCGUCAAAUCAUUUGGUCAGAAGUCUAGCGUCAUUCGGAAAAGAAAGGAGUGGGAUGUGUAUGAACCUAUUGUUGAUCUUCUAUCUAGUGAAGAAGUUGAUGCCCUUGAAGCAAAAGAAGAAAGGAACGCUCGGUAAAAUGAUAAAGCUGAAGAGUAAGGUUUCAUGUCCCCCCCCCCCUCUUCUUUGUACUUUUAAGGCGCCUAUCCCACCCCUUUCUUUGUAUUUGUAGUGAUUCUCUUCUUAGAGGGGUGAGGCUUAUGCUGGUCCACUAGGUGUACUAUCUGUACUAUUUUUGUCUAUGAAUAAAAUGACCCGUAAUACUAAGUCUAGUUCUUCUAAUUCAUUGUUAAAGGCCUGCAAAAUGAUCUUUAUUUAAAUUAUCUUCCAGAAUCGUUCGUAUAACUGCAUCUUUUCCGGUACUGUGCACUUUCUAAGUUUAACUGGUUAAACAGUCGCUACUGUGAGUGAAAAU